AUGCUCGACAAAUAUAGAGGAUCUGAAGGUUCUGAUAAUCGACCCGAUCGCGAACUUGCAAGAAAAUGGGAAAAAGAACGUUCAAAUAAACCGAUUAUCAUAAACAACGGGACUGUCAACAACGGGACUGUCAACGGUGGGACUAUCAACGGUGGGACUGUCAACGACGGGAUUAUUGUUGCUGGAACUAGCGCAAUCAGGAUGACCAUAUUAAGCGAGAGCCCAACAUUAAAAAGUUCGACAAUAGAACUUCCAAUACUUGAUCCUGUUAACAAUCCGUUCUUAGAGGAAGAUAGUGUCAUCAUAUCAAUUGAUGACAUCCCGAGCGAACUUUCUUUUGAACACGGAGAUUCAAUUAAUGAUUUCUUUUUACAAGAAGCUAAUAUAUCUCGGUUGUUCUGUAAUUAUCAAAACAAGUCAUUAGAGAUUGCAAGGACUAAUGGCUUGUUUGUAGAGUCCAACGUACAUGAAAUUUUGUCCCUAUCCUCAAUCUUGAUGCUGACUCGGGAUUCACAUUCGAAUAUCAUGAUUAAUCUUUUCGGAACACCUUUACUCGACAAAAUCCAUGAAGAAUUUAUGCCGAAACAACAAAUUGAAUUAGACCUUAAUUGCGAAUCAAAAUUUAGGAAAGCCAUUAAGAUGGCAAUGAAAAAUUCACGUAAGGAUGCCACAAAUUGGUUACUUGGACAACUUGCAAAUGAAGAGAUAUUGAGAGAAGAUGCGGGUUAUACUAUCUUGGAUUGUUUAAGAACAUUACCCAUGUCAACUAUAAGAAACGAUCACAGUGAAAUGACUCAUAUCACGAAUUAUCUCGACCGAAUAAUGAGAGGAUUCUUUGAUGAUCCGAAUCAACACAUCGUUCAAUGGCCAAAUACAGCACUGGAGGAAAGUAAGGCCAGAAAAUUUGAAGGCCGAACAAAACAACCCGAUUUCACAGUUUCAGUCGUUCAUCAGUUACAAACAAAAGCAGUUUUAUUUGUAGGAGAAGUCAGCCCGCCAUCACAAAAAAAUAACGUAUUUAAAAACUGUAAUGACCUCAUCCGCAUUGGUAUCUUCAUGAAGGACUGUUUAGAUUCGGCUAUCGACAAAGGAGCUGAUGUUAAAGUGAUAGACUACAAGGUUGAUUUUUAUAUCAUGGAUCUAAUUAAAGGAACGUAUAUCAUGCUCCAUAUUGGACAAAUGACAUUUCCUGCUUCAGUAAAAGAGAUGCUCUCAUUUGUUGACGAAAUGGAUUUGCUUUUUAUAGUGCGAGAAAUUUUUCGUGAAUCUUUCAACGUUUUGUACACAAACCUCUGUCAUCCAAGUCCGCCGUUAGCAAAAGCAUCAUUCAAACGGGUUACUCUUAACUCUCCAAAGUUUCGACAGUUGGUUAGCAAGACACACAAUGUUAAUAGGUCAUGUCCAUUUUGGUAUGGACGUUUUUAA